AUGGCGAUCAACGUGGAGGGCGAGAUGGCUGUCGACCAGGGGCCGGAGCAAGAGGGGUCUCCCACGGAGCUGGCCGAGGACUCUGAGUUGGAUGUUGAGGUCAAGAAGGAGAAGCGAAAACGGGAGAGACGAUCAGCCGCUGAGCACAUCGAGAUUCCCGACGACGAGUUUGACAAGGAGGAGAGUCCCAGCAAACGCCCACAACGUGAUGAGCAUCCAGUUUCAAGUCGAGAACUACGCUUUCUCCUUCAACAACAUGCGCGUGAACUCAAGGAAGCUUGGGGAAUGUUUGAGACCCGGGUCGCCAAAGUUGAAGAGCAUCAAUCCAAGCAGACAGGUGAGCUGGCGUCUCUGUCCGGACGCACCAAGGUCGUGGAAAAGGAUAUGAAGCACAUGCGCUUGCAGCAAGAGGCCGGACAGCAUAAGAUCGAAGCCCUUACCGAGGAUGUCAAGAACCUCAAGAUGCAGGUCGAAGCGGUUAAAACUUCCGGGGCGAAAGCUGCUGCGAGCACUGAUCCACCUCAACUUGAUCCUUGGGCGAACUAUCUCCAGCAACAAGGGGGGCGUUCUUCACGACCACCAAGGAUCGGGGCGAACACUAAUGACCAAUCCGCUAACUCCGUGAACGUGGGGGCGAAUUCCAAUGGUGGUGGUGGAGAUCGAGGGGAAGAACUUUCUGAUGAAGAUCGACGAACGCUCAUUGUUGGCGGGUGGCUCCAAGACACCCGACGAGCAGUGAUCGAGACGGAGGCCCUCCCCAUCUUGCAGGACCCCUCCAUUAAGGAGCACAUUGAUGCCGAGAAGUUGUUGGUCUUUGGGCCUCGCCGAAGCGUUGGGAUGUUGCGCUUCAUCAUGCGUCCGGAGGAGUCUUCCUACGCACAGGUCAAAGAUAGAAUGUGGAAAGUGAUCAAGGCCAUCGCGACGAUGAAAGUGGUCCUGGAGAGCACCAAAGCGGCCGGGGAGGACAAGACCAUGUGGGCGGCGUUCGUUAAGACAAAGACGGCGAGGCAAAGAACGGCCCACAUCAGCAUGGCUCGGAGAGUUGCGAUGUCGUUGGCCGCGGACUCCAAGAACUCAGAAGGGGGAGUUCUCAAUGUGGAACACACCCAAGCGACCGCCUACGACAUGGACUGGAAUACAGGGACGAUGUGGUGCGGGAUCCAUAAGCUCGCAUCUGCUACUCAUCGUAUCCCCAAGAACAGCGAGUGCGUGACCAUGACGGGAGGAUGGAUCAACCUUGACGCUGUUGGGUUGGUAGCGGGAUGCACGGUGGACGUCGCCAAGGAUUUGCAUGGCGCUGACCACAGACAGCCCAAGGCUCAUACUGUGAAUGUCAGAGAUGAACCUCGUCCGUGUGAAAUAUACAGAUGGGGGAGAAUUCUUCAGUGGAACAUCGGUGGUCAAGAGAUCCUCAAGUUGGACCUCGCGGCAGCCGAUGCGGAUAUAAUCUGUGCACAAGAAGUUGCUCGCAGUGACGAAGGAUGGGACACCAAAGAUACAGACCAUUUCCAUUUCAUCUCCUAUAGGUCCAGAGAUCUGUGGAGGGGAGUUGCUGUGGGAUUUGCUAUCGACAAGUUUGACAGUGUCAUCGGGAAGAUCGCUACUCCAAGGGGCAUUUGGCUUCUUGUACGUCUGCGUGGCUUAGGACGUGUGGUUGUUGGGAGCAUGCAUGCCUAUACUGGGGUGACCAAUGCGAAAUAUCAAGGGGCGAUAUUGAAGUUUGUCAGAGGGUGCCCGUCAAAGUGGAGGCAGUAUCCGCUCGCUUGUGGAAUUGAUGCCAACGAAGUUCCGCGGUGGUUCCACAAUGAAGACAGCGAGAAAGGGGAACUUGACUGCUCCUCGACGAACCUCAACUUCCUCGCCACUGAAGCUGCACAUCUAGGCGCUCUGCCGCUUGCCCCCAAAUUUUCACAGUGGAAGUCACCCACCCAUUUUCCCAGGGAUGAGACUCGAGUUGGCCGACAGAUUGACACACUCUGGUAUCGCAGCCUGAACCUCAAGCCUGCCAACAUCGAUGGAGAUCGACGUCAUGUGAUCGGCACUGACCAUGGGAUCAUCACAAGUGAUGUUAUGGUCGCUCAACGUUCAUCGGCACAGUGGGGCAACGACUCAAGGCCGAGGUGGGUGGUUGGGGACCUCCCGCAGAUCACUAUCACUGAGGUCGCGGACAUCACAGACCUCGCACGUUCAUGUACGCGACCACAUUCUUCAACUGGCUAUGUGGACAGCCCAGAGCUGAAGGACGCCAUUGCGGCUGCUAAAACAAGCGGCGAUAAGAAAGCAUGGAAAGAAGUACAUCGUCUUCGCCGACGCAAUCGCAAUCAGUGGCAGGCCUCCCGUAUGUCGCGCAUCCUCAACGGUGACUGGUCUGCGUACCGACAGCUGCAGCGUGAAAAGAACCGUCGAAGAGGAUGGUGGGGCAAGAUGCUCGCAGAUAGGUCAUCUGAAGAACUAUGCCAGGAGAUCAGAACGCACCUUGAAACCAAGCUCACAAACCCCUUCCAGUCUGAUUGGGAUGACAUCGUCGAUGUGCAGAUUCAGGCCAUUGAUGAGGAGGUUGACUUUGUACCCUUCACGAAGCUCGAAGCUAGGGAAGAACUACAAGCGAUGAAGGCCAAUAGUGCGGUGGGACCAGACGGAACCAGUGUUCACCUGUUACGCUGCAUUAUCGAUGACGAACACCUUGGGGAUGACUUUCUCGCUCUUGUGAAUCGCAUAAUCUCUUCGCAGCUUCAGCCUGAGAAUUGGACGACGAGCUUCUUGGCGCUACUUGCAAAGAAGGACUUCCCGGAGAAACCCGGCGACCUGCGGCCAAUAUGUGUCAGCUCUGCCCUGAACAAGUUCGUGAGCCGUCUUGUCUGUGGUCGUGUCAUGCCGCUUCUGCGGGUGGGAUCCAGAGUUAGUGGCUGUGGAAAGGGGCGCCAAGCAGCAGAUGUUCUGGGGACGAUCGCCCGGGUGCGUGAUAUUACACAUGAAUGGAAAGUCCCGAUCCUUCUUUGCAAGCUUGACAUCUCUGGCGCGUUUGAUCGCAUUGACCGGCAGAAGAUUUGUGAAUUCCUGAAGGAACGACUUCGAGGACGUGAAGUGCCUGCUGAACUUAAGUAUCUGCUCAAUCAGAUGAAGACCUAUCACCUUGUGGGACAGGCACCGGGCGGGCAAACCCUGAAGAUCUCUCCCAAUGUGGGGAUCAAACAAGGGGCGCCGGAGAGUGCAGAGCUGUUCGGGAUGAUUAUGGAUUGCAUGCUUUCCGAACUUACGACAUGCCAGGGGUGGAAGCGAUUUGGAAUUGCAGUCCCUGGCUGUGAUCUGCAACUGAUCUUCUAUCAGGAUGAUAUCUUCCUCCUCGAAACCGAGUUCGCUCGCCUUGGUCGGAAAGUCAAUGUCCUUGAACGCCAUCUGCGCACUGCCGGUCUGGUACUUGCAACCGAAAAGACCAAAAUCAUUGCCAGCGAAGCCUAUCGUGGACCCAGGCGCAUUAAAGUCGGGGAGAACUUCUUUGAGAUCGCCUCUCCAGGGGAGUCUGUUAAAGUUUUGGGUCUUGGUUUCAGCUUUCACGAGUCACCGUCACAGCAAGCCAAAGAACUGCUUGCACGCACCCGUGCCGCAGCAGCCAAGCACCGAGAUCUUCUCCGUGGUCAUGCCUCUUGGGGGAGAAAGCUUACUUUGAUCAAGAGCCUUGUCGAAGGACAGUUCAAAUGGACGGCCGGUGCAUUGCAUUGGGCAGCUGAAGACCUUAGGCAGGCUAACGUUCUGCAACUUCACGUACUACGUGACUCCUUUAGGCUUCAUCGCCGGCCGGGCGAGUCUUGGGUCGACUGGAACUCAAGGACGAUGAGGCAAUGCCGUGCAUGGCUCGCUUCGCAGGGCCAAAACCGGUGGUCCUCGUGCAUUCUCACGUUGCAACACACGCUCCACGGACACUGGGCACGUAGGCGCGAGAUGAUCUUCCGAAAUGGUCACUGCACUGAAGAGCCAUGCCUACCCAUGCGAGCAUUACUUUGGAGAUCUACUGGAUGGUGGCGAUUUCAACAGCAGCUCUCGCCCCUUACUGGCGUUCGGCAUGAGGGAAGAUUCUACGCGUCCAACACCGAACGCCAACUUAGCGAAGUCCACGGGACAAGAUGGUUUGAAGUAGCAGCUGAUCGUAAUCACUGGUCUCUCGUCCGCGAUGAAUAUCUACGCAGAUGGGACAUCAGAUGGACGCAAGGACGUCAACUGGCUCUUCGUUACUAA